ACAAUUAAAAAAAAACUUACCAGCACUGAGGUUUGUACAUACAUAGUCCCCAAGAGUGUGGUUAAGACCAAUUCCAAAGCCUUACAAUCCACCUCGUCUUGCAGGAAAGGGAGCAUUGGGCUGUUACAUUUUCAUUUUGCAUGAGCUCACUGUUAUUCAGUGGAAUUCUCCCCCCCCCAACCCUGCCAGAUGUGUGGACCACAUAAGGAGGGGUUAAAACAGGAAAGCCAACUGGGCUAAGGUUAAAAGCCACUGACCCUUGCUUUUUAUUGCCUUGUCUGUACUUACGCGCACACACAAGGCAACCGUACCAUUAUAAUAGAGUGGAUUUGUGACAUAGCAAUAUUACCAUUUGGGAUUAGACAAAAUUCACCGUAUGUCCUUGUGUUACCUUGCCCUGGACUCUCUUGGAGCAAACGUAGCCAGUUGGUGGAAUCCUCAUCCCAUGGCUGGACUUGCUUUGUGACCUGCUGCCAUCUGAGCCAAGCCUCAGUUUAGGGCUCCCAUUGUCCAUAGGUGGGUGACAGUGACGUCUUUCCUGGCUUUGUCUGAGAGCCAUUGUGCACCAUUACGUUAGGUCUUCAGUGAUGUCAAACUGGUUCAUGCUCGAUACCUUAUUCUCCUAUCAGUCUUAUUCAGCCAUCUUUCCCUAUGUGGGAAUAAACACUCUUGGUUUAUCCUUAGGUACCUGGCGAACCAUCUCUGCAUCAGCUAGUCUUGCCAUUCAUUUAGAUCCUACUGAUAGCUGUGCAGUAAGUCAGCCUGGUAAUAUAGAUUUGCUCAGUCCUGUCAAUAUAGUGGGGAUCCAUUCUAAACAGAGCAAAGGGAAAGAGGCUGCUCUUUGCUGAAGUUGCCAUUCAAGAACCGAGACUUGCAAAUGACAUUCAGCUUCUUUAAUUGCCAGACCCUAGCUGGACUCGCUCCCAGCUGCUUGAUGUGGGUCUGUCCUCCCUGUCCCUCUCCCCUUCCCUCACCCCAAGUAUUGGUAGAGUGAAAAGAUGUGCUACUGUGGAGAUCCUGGAGCUCUCUAAGCAUUCAGGAGGGUUUGCAACAGUGCAAUAGGGUGCUACCCAGACCUCCUGCACAGGGUGAUGCAGGGCUUAAGCUUUCCAUGCAAAAAGUGUUCUUGAUUCCUGAAUGAGGCACAAACAACCUGUCUAGACUCUAGUGUGGGCUAUACCUUAACUCCAUUUCCUGUGGAGAAUACAAUCUGUACCAGGUGACUUAGAAGAGUAUGUGCUAUCUAAAGAGCAGCCCAGUAAUCUACAGGGCACCUCCUGUUCAGAAUUCCCUGAGACCACUUAACAGUGCUAAGAGGUGACUUAGCAAUGCUAAACUUCCUGGAAGCCAGUGCUCAAUGCUGCAUCUGUGGGGUGGUGAACAUGUGUGAAACUAAUUCUAGAGUAGAACAUCCUCUGUAGUGCGCUCCAGAGUUCUGUUGCAACUGGGACAUUUGAGCCUCUUGUAGUGAUUCAAUAGCAUGUAACUUGCUCAUUGCAAAUAUUCCACCUCUGAUCAUCACUAUGCAUAGUCAGACUCCAAGUUUGAGACAGGAUCAGUCAGAUGGGACUGAUUGACUCAGAGGAUUGCUAAGGAGACAAGAAACUUUUUCUUCUCCAGGUCACAGAUUUGAGUCCUGCCUAGGCUGAGUAAUGACUGGAAUGUGUUACCAUCUGAUGGUAGCCUGUGAUGAAGGAGUCUGGUGAGCCUCAGUCCAGUUCCUAGAAGUAUAACAGGACUAAAAUCACCACUACUAGUUUGGACCACCUUGUUGGCCAUCUCAACAGAGUAGCCCUGGGUUGUAUGAGCUCUGAAGACUGAAUUCCUUUCUCAUUCCUCCAUGUCAAUCAUGAAGCAUGUUGGCAAAGAGGCAUAUGUGUACUAACCAGUGGAGCAGAGACCUGCCACACGUAGCCAAGAGAAGGAUUUUUGCUUUGAGACAUUAGUUUAACAUGAAGGCAAGUUUUUAUUAAAAACUGUCAGUUUUCAGGCCAUUGAUUUAACAUUUCCCCCAACAAGGCUUUUGUUGGCUGGCAUUAGGAGGUCAAAGCACUGGAAUGCAGCAUUGCAAAAUGCUGACUGUUCCGUCUACUACUGCACUCAGUCUUCCAAAUGAUUUUGUUUGUGUAUUUUUAUUUCAUUUCAGUUUCCCUUUAUGGUGCCAGCAGUUUAAUCCAUCAAGCACUGUCUUAUGAGAACUUCCUCAGCUCCACAAGAUUUCUCCACCAUGUGUUCACAAUCCUUCUCCACUGAUACCUUGGAUAGGGGGAGGGGAAGUAGCAAGUACUUCAGCCAGUGAUGAUGAUAAGGCCAUGUAGAAUGUGCUACAUGCAAUAUAGAUAAUUCAAGGACUAGGAGAGCACUGGAAGAAUGAGGAAAUGAUGUAACCUGAAAGCUGGUGAACUAUAAGAUGGGUGUUUGUCAUCAAGAAAGGCUACCAGGACUUGGACACCUCUAUCCAGAGCUCUGUCAUCACCAAGCUGAAGGGCGUGGCUUUCACCAACACCUCGGAGCUGGGGGAGAGGCUGUGGGAUGUUGCCGAUUACGUCAUUCCUCCACAGGGUGAAAAUAUUUUCUUCGUUAUGACAAAUCUGAUUGUGACCCCAAAUCAAAGGCAGGACACAUGCCCUGAGAGUACUGGCAUUCGAGACGCACUGUGCAGCAAGAACAGGGACUGCCCUGCGGGGGAAGCUGUGAUAGCUGGCAAUGGGGUCAAGACUGGCCGCUGUUUGAAAGUCGGGAGCAACACCAAUGGGACGUGUGAAAUAUUAGCAUGGUGUCCGGUGGAGAAAAAGUCCAAGCCCAAGAAACCGCUUUUAGCGAAUGCAGAAAACUUCACUGUUUACAUCAAAAACUCGAUCCGCUUCCCUAAGUUUAAAUUCUCCAAGACUAAUGUGCUAAACACUGAUGAUGACUUCUACCUGAAAAACUGCCACUUCAGUGCACAGCACCUUUACUGCCCCAUAUUCCACCUGGGCAAACUCGUGAGCUGGGCUGGGAACAACUUUCAGGACAUGGCAUCUGAGGGUGGUGUGAUAGGAAUUCAGAUUGAAUGGGACUGUGAUCUUGAUAAACCUUCUUCUGAAUGCAACCCUCACUAUUCUUUUAGCCGUCUGGACAACAAGUUUGCGGAAAAAUCCAUCUCCUCUGGAUACAACUUCAGAUUUGCCAAAUAUUAUAAGGAUGCUGAAGGAGUCGAGUACAGGACACUGAUAAAAGCCUACGGAAUCCGCUUUGAUGUGAUGGUGAAUGGCAAGGCAGGUAAAUUUAACAUCAUUCCAACGAUAAUCAACGUGGGCUCAGGACUUGCGCUUAUGGGUGCAGGGGCUUUCUUCUGUGACGUGGUGCUGCUGUAUUUGAUGAAAAAGAGCAACUUCUAUCGAGGCAAAAAAUAUGAGGAAGUGAAGUCCAGUUCAAGGAAGUCUUUACCAGGUGGAACAGUGAAUGGGAACCAGAACACAGAAUCGCUGGCUACAUUAGAGCAGCAGAGACAACUACAGACAGUUGAGACCUAAGAGUCUGUCAAUUGGAAAACACGUUCCAUAAAGACUACGGUGGUAAAACACAGCAACCAAACUUUGAGGUGGAGACACCCCUGGUCAGAUCUAUUGUAGCAUUUGGAUGCCCAGAGAAGAAGUUAGUAAUAGCUAUUCUAUUCAAGAGAGCAGUUUGCUAAAAAUAUCACACCUUCUGACCUAAGGCAUUCUUCCCUAUCUUGAGCUGAUGACACUUGUCAUUGCUACAGAAUUUUUCUAUUAUAAAGAAAAAUGUAGAAGAAACUAGGUGACGUUUUUAUAUGCAUAUACAUAGAUAACCAGCAUUAUUCUCUAGCACGGCAUUGCUUUGCUAGUGAAAGAUCACUGACAAAGAACACGUGGCAUUGACAUUGUUAGGAGGGUUGAGGUUGGGAAAACAGAAUCACCUUCUGUUCGCUGCACUGCAACACCAGUUCCCUAGUCUCGCAUGAUCUACCUGUAAGAGUAGAUUGAAAUAAUUUGGGCUGCUGUUGAGAUAAAUGAGAUCCAGUUCCAUUCAAUUUGUCUGUAGUUCAAGUAACAUCAUACCACAGGUAAAGUGACUCUAAAGAUGUUUUCACAGGAAGAGCACUUACUAUAUAGACCAUGGUAUCCUCCUAUUUCCACAGAAGCACUUUACCAACCAGGCUCAGUGAUAUUUGCAGUUGGCCUCGCAAAGUUCUCAUGAGCAAAUAAAUACAGAACUUCUGCUAAAUCUAAUAUUUAAAAAUACCAGAAUAACCUACAGUAAAGGGAUGAGGUUUGUCCCCUAGUAAUUGGUCCAGGUAACUUGACAUUUUGGGGUACAAGAAAGCAUAGUGUGGCAUAGCAGGUAGCUGAUUAGGGGAAUAUUUUGAAACAAGUUGGGUGAUAUUUCUUUCUAAGGAAGUUGAUA